CCUCCCUCCUCCCACCUCGCCUUCUCCCCUCCUCAUUCGCCCGUACCCUUCUUUUCUCCUCUCCACCAAGGCGACCUUGUCAACCUCAUCCGCUCGAGACACUUUUUUUUCGUUCCUUUCUCUUCUACGUUUGAUACCCGAUUCUUGCCGUCCCGUCGUCUAAUAUCACUUCCCGCCGUAUAUCGCUCUACACAAUUAUUCGCCAAGCCAUAAUGCCCAUAUCAUUAUUACCAGCCUCGGCGGCGGCCUUCGCACCUCGAUCCACCGUUAACGUCGUUCUGAAUUCCAAGGUGGAGCCAUGGUUGACGCAGACCCUCAAGCGGGUAAACCGAGUCAAGCGCCCACUGAACAGCGUUCAACAACACACGCGCUGUCUCACCGAGACACUCUCGGGCUCCAAUGCCAUCUGGUCGCUAUGCUCCAUCAUGGUCCCGAAGGCCCCGGACUCCGAGUUGCGCAAGGAUCCCAACCCGCUGGUCGAGGCCUUGUUCAAUUAUCAGCUCAUCCAUAUCGAGGCAUAUGUCGUGCACGUUGACAUGGUCUCACAGCAUGAGGUUGCCUUCAAGCUUACACCCGAGACCAUCGAGGCGCUCGUCGAGUACCACAAGGACAUCUAUUCCGUCGAUGUGUCUGCUACCACUUGGAACUGGCCGGAAAAGGAAGCUCAGCUGAAGAAGCUGCAGGAGGAAUUCGUUCAGGCCGUUAACCGCUACGUCUUCCGAACGGGUGUGCGCGCUCUGGAAGGGAUGGAGGAGGAGGGCGCGGGAGAGCUUCUCGAGGGCCGAGGUGAGGAUGUCAAGAAUGCCAUCAUGGGAUUGUUCCUCCCGCUGCUCCCUCCUCCUCCCAGGAUCGUCGAAGUCGUCCGACCAGCAGCCCAACUUCUUCCAAGCUCAACUGGCGCUGUAAACUGGUGGCAACCGGGACAGCAUGUCCCCCAGCCCCUUCCUGCGCCCGUUGAGUCUUGGAGGGUCGUCCCGUCUACUCCAAGCCCGACCAUUACCACCUGCAGCGAGACACAGCCAUCCUUCUGGAGUACAAUGCCCGUCAGUGAUAUUCAACUGCCGUCGCCAACGCCUUCGUUGGGCUCACCCUACCAUACUACGAGCCAGUACUACAGUCCGCCUCAGGCCGUCGCGCCCAUCCCCGCGCUGCCGCUUCCCAGCGUUCUUGCUCAGCAAUGCGGGUCAAGCAUGAUGAGCAGUGGCUUCAGCGGUGGAUUCGGCUGGGACACGGGUUUCGCACCGCAAUAUGCCGCCUUCACUUAGGUGUCGAAGUGUAUUGUGGUUCCCUACCUCUGUCGCAGUCUGCCUGCGUGCCUGGACCUGGCCAGUCAUCCGGAUCUUCCACACAGUGGCAUCAACGUCUUCGCGCGGACGCGUGCGAGAACCGAUACUACGAGCUGACUCCGACGUGCACGAGCGAUAUAUGGCAGCAUCUAACCAUAGCAUGGGACGGCGUUUAUCGAUUUCAGCGACUCGUUUUCAUCUUCUCCUCUUCUCUCUCGUACAAAUUUCCUAGGAUAUCCGUUU